AUGAAUAUGUUGGAUGAUGAAGAUGACCAAAGCUUUCACGCUACGCGUGACGGCUACUCCCAUUUGAGCGAUGUCGAAUGGGAUGCGGUUGAACGAAUGGGUUCGACCAUGGGCAUCCAUGCUGUUAGCGUCAUGCUAGAGGCUCUCAAUAGAGAUGCCCAACAUGCUACUAUCGCCAAGUUCAUUCAAAAUGAACUUGACGCUGAACGCGAGAAAGUAGCCUUGCUUCACCAACAAGGUUCUCAACAAGCAGAGUUGUUGAGAGAACAGGGUGCUCAACAGUUUGAACUGUUGAGACAGCAGCAGGCUGCUGCUGGUGGGUCGAUGCACUCGCGUCGACCCGAAACCUUGAAGAUUGACAUCUCCAAAGCGCGUCGCAUCGACGACGGGGAUAUGCAAGUUGCAUUUGCCCAGUCAAAUCUGGCAGGACGUGCCAAGACUUGGGCACUGGGGCUCAAGUUGCACGACCCAUAUGCGUUUGGGUCGUUGGAAGUCUUCAAGUCGCGGCUCAGACAAACGUUUGAACCUCCUAGAGCUGAGUUCAGAGCUCGAACCGAACUCUUGAAGCUCAAGCAGGGUAAGCGUGAUGUACACGCUUACGCUCAACAUAUACGACAUCUCACGAGUUGUGUAAGUUCCAAUCCGGUGGAUGAACACACGUUGGUUUCGGUGUUCAUGCAGGGUCUUGCGGAUGGUCCCGUCAAGACUCACCUGUUCCGGCUUGAACUAGAUUCACUAGAACAAGCCAUUUCCAUUGCGGAGCAGGAAGACUUCAGUCUGAGACAGGCUCGCGCCAGCUCGACAUCAUAUCGUCAACCGAGACGAUACGACAACGGAGGUCCAGAGCCGAUGGAACUCUGUUAUGUAGAGAGCGAGAAGGCUCGCUCUACAGGCUACAAGAGGUUGCAGAGAUGCAACAGAUGUCAAAAGACAGGACACUACGCUUACGAGUGUAGUGCCCCUCGUCCAGUGUCUCGCGACACUGGGCGUAGUGACCGUCCACCCAUGAGAAAGGGGCAGGGACGAGGGUCCGCAGUUGGUGCAAAGACGCAACAACGGGAUGGACCGUCAAAAAACGGACAGGAUCAGUAG